AUGAUGCUCGCUCACUCUUCCCACCGUUUAUCUGGUGCAGCAAAAUCAUCAAAAGCUUGCCCCACAAUUGCCAACGCCUUCAACAACAAGUGCAGCAAGAAACGAUCGGAGAGUUUGCGAAUCAGCGCCAUUGCAACUGUAGCACCUCCUCGCCUCACAAACAAGCAAAUGGUUUUGCAAAGCCCCACUCCAGAAUUGGCUCCAUUUUUCCCCUCCACCCUUUAUUCAGAUGAGAUACUCCAUUUCAGGGCUCUGGACAACAGCCCCGAAUCCUCAUUUUCGCUAGCCUCUGAGAAGAAUCAGGAGUUGUGUUUAGCAGAGUCCUGGAGAGAAAUUCAGGGAUCUAACAAUUGGGAAGGAUUGUUGAAUCCCUUGAAUCCUGCUCUGGUCUCGGAAAUCAUCAGAUAUGGAGUGUUUGUGAGAUCCUGCUACGAGGCCAUUGAAUUGCAGCCCGGAUCCAAGCAUUACGGCAGCUGCAAGUAUAACCGGAAUAGCAUUUUAUCCGACUUGGGUAUGGAGGACUGUGGGUAUAAAGUCACCAAAUAUAUCUAUGCAACGCCAGAUGUCAACAUUCCAGAUUUGUUGAAAAAUAAAGUGGAAGGGGAAGGCUCCAACUGGAUUGGUUACGUUGCAGUUGCAGAGGACGAGGAGGAGAUUAAACGCCUCGGGAGAAGAGACAUUGUUAUUGCUCUCAGAGGCACUGCCACGCAUAUGGAAUGGGUCUCCAAUUUCAUGGAUAUUUUAACUCCUGCUCGUUUGAAUCCCCUGAAUUGCAGUGAAGAUGUCAAGGUGGAAAUGGGCUUCCUGGGGCUCUACACUUCGGAGGAUCCCACAUGUAAGUUCAACAAUGGCAGUGCAAGAGAGCAGCUGUUGUCCGAGAUUUCAAGGCUUGUGAAAAAAUAUAAGGGAGAAGAGCUGAGCAUAACCAUAACAGGUCACAGCAUGGGCAGUGCAUUGGCUACGUUGUGUGCAUACGACAUUGCUGAAUUGGGUAUUAAUAGACCCGAGUACACUUCUUCCUCCAGUUUUCCAAUCACAGUCUACUCCUUCGCAGGCCCUCGUGUUGGGAACGCUGCGUUCAAGGAAAGGUGUGAAGAGCUCGGCCUCAAGAUUCUAAGAGUUGUCAACGUCCACGACGUGGUGACGAAGUUACCUGGCGUGAUAUUCAAUGAGAAUUUCAAACUAUGGGAGAAUGUGUUGGACAGAAUCCCCUGGAGUUACUGUCAUGUGGGUGUGGAGCUGGCACUGGAUCACAACUUGUAUUCAGACUUCUUCCAACCCAAGACGCAACAUCCUUGCUGUAUUCACGACCUUGCCACUUACUUGCAGUUGUUAGAAUGCUGUCAUAUUAAUCAGCACAAUAUUGACUGCGAGCAGCUGCGGCAGCAAUUGCCAAGAUUUUCCUUGCCUAGUGUUCAGUUACAGCCACUAGUAAGCAAGGCAUGCAACUUCUUCGGGAAGCAUAUGAAUCUCAAUCAUGUUGCUUCGCUCUGGAGGGGGGACAAAAAUUCAAACUUGCUGGAGGCAACCAGACAAUAA